ACCUUCGGUCUGUAUGGUUAUUGGGAGCGUAUGGGAUGCGUGUUGCUCGUGAAAUUCAAUUUUUCCUUUUCUUUUCUCGCUCGUCGAGUUUUUUGUGUACGUUCUUUGUUUGAUUAUCUUGUGUGUUUUUGGUAAUGUUCGUUGGUGUUGUCGCGUUCGUGAUUUUGGCGAGCGGUUAUUGAAGCUACGAAUCAAUGGCAUUAUCGAACUGUCCUCAGCCAAUAAAUUCGUCGGGAAGUUAAUUUUUCGAUGAUUUUGCAAUAAACAGCUGUGUGUGUGUGCGCCCCUGUGUCUCUCUCGUGCGCGAACCAACGAGAGAGACCGAACCGUCGAACUGAUAGGGACAAAGAGAGCGAGCAUCGUUGGGAAAGGUUAGACGUGACAUGGAGCCUGAAAGAAUCAUUUGACCCUAAGGGAACGAGACUCCCAGGCUCGUCGGAUCGUUCUCAUUGCGUCUGCUCGUUAAACACGAAACUCGGGAUGCACUGCCUCGGCGCAGUGUCGGGGGGCGAGUCAGCCAGCCCCAGUGGGGUUAGCAGUCGCGGGGGAGUUAUGAGCGUAGUUCGAGCUCUGGGUGUCUUGGUAUGCGAGGGAAGACUGCAGGGACCACCACGUGGUUACAAGGAGGGUCCACACUGUGCUGCGCCUCUUCAAGCUCUGCCGAACGACCACGUCUGCGAGAAAGACAACUAUCUGUGCGGUCGUUAUCUCGUCUUGGUGAGGGAAAUUGCUGAUAGAAUAACCAUCGGUUCGUCGUUGUCGGUCGAGGUAUUGAUGUGCACCGAUUGUCCUUGUGGACUGGCACGCGCGACCUGUAAACCGCCGGUAUCGUUAUUACCCUCCACCUCGAUAACACAAUGGCAACAUCCUUCGGAUAUAUUAUUGGAAUAUUGGUCGAUCAGCGUCGUACCGAGCAAGAGUCCGGAAACCAUGAACUCUCAGGGUCUCUAUCAGGCGGUUAGAUCCCGUUUGCACUUCAGUCAAAUAGCGGCAUGGUGGUCGCGGAGCCAGGGUAAGAGACCGAGUUACGUCGCAACGCGAAUAGUUUCCCACAGUGAUGAUAAUCUGAGGAAGUUCAGAGAGACGCCGAUCGAGCACACGUUCCCAUUGGCCGGAAUCGGGGACAAUAAUUCGAUAAAGGUUACCGUGUGGGCAUUGCCGAGAAUGGAGGAAGUGCCAACGCUACAUUGUCCGCUUCAUCCAUCGAAAGAGAGCGACGAUGAGUGCGCGGCACGCGCACUCACACCGACUAAGAAUGGACCUUUGCCUUCAACGACCACCCACACUGUUGAGAGUCUCGUAUUGCCUGUAAUCGUCGACGACAGACUGCAAACGGCCUGCGACAAGCCAGGGAAGCACCACUGUCACUGCGAGGACGAAGAGGCGAGUCCGCCUUCGCCGUCGAUACGUCCAAACGGUGAAAGAAAGCGUCGUCGUUCUUUGCCUUGCGGUCCUUCGCACGAAUUGGCCUCGACUUCGUCCCACCAUGGAACUCUGCCACUGCCAGCGGUUCGGGAAACAAUAACACUCAACAACGAAUCGUUGCACACUCAAAAUUUAACUUGUGAUAAAAAGUACGGGAUCGGGAGAACGGAAAGUUACGAGAGUCGCGCCUAUUUGAACACCGGAAGCCUCGAACGCUGCUUUCGCAAACAAGUCAGCCUCGAGGACGAGGGGAACGAGGAGAAACGCUACAAGCCAUCGAGCGACAAUAAUCACUCGAUAAAAGAUUCCGAUAGUCGUAACGACGCCGUGAACAACAAUGAGAGCAACGAAAAAUCCUUAAUAACUCAAUGCCCGAGCUCGUCAAACGAGAACAAUGAAAAUAAGACUAAAAGAGACCGGGAGGAGACUCAGAACGAGCCGCGUUUUCUCGUCUCGAUAAACGAGAGCGCGAGGAAAAACGGCGCGAAAAAUUACGAAGCGAAAGCUUCCACGAGUUGUUUUCGCGGCGACAAAAUAUUCGGAGAUCCUGCCGCCGGUGGCGGCGGUGGCUCCAUGAAAAUCCGAGAAAAUUUGGCCCUCAAAAACUCACCGCCUUGUACCGUUCACCAGAAUUACCGGGUUCGGCAAACCUCCACCGGCGUUUCAACCUCCAACGGGCAGGAGUUGACGGCGCUCAUGUCAAAGUUGUCGUUGCCAAAGGAUAAGAAACCAGAAAAAAACGAGAGGCGAGAUUCCCGGAUUUUUGAGUGGUUCGAAAAGGUUCCGAAGCGAGUUCCGCCCCCGGAGGAAGAAAAAUCUAAUUGUGCACGGGCGCCGCACGAGGAGGCGCGCGGGAACGAGGUUCGCUUGAAAAGCUGCAAUUUGGAGCUCAGCCAGCGGGAGUUCAACGAAGUCCUGGCGGUGCUGCGGGCGCGAACGCCGACGGCGCCCUCGCGGAGGCGCGCGGGGCCCAAGGUCACGAAGCGUCGGGACCGCGCGGAGAAAAUGUCGGACGACGGAGCGUCCCUUUGCCCCGUGCACCGGGAGAAAAGACGCAGCAGCCCAUCGAGCGCCGGCUGCGAGUGCAAGCUCGCUACCAGCCCCGAAAUCAUGAGGAACGACCUCGGGCAAGGUCACGGCAAUUGCGGACCGCCGUCCAAGCCCGCGGACGUUCUAUUGGGCGCGAUCCUUCGAACGAGCCGCGAACGGAAGGGCCUCGCGGACAUUUCCAACGGCACGAGGGCCCGGAAUCUCGACGAGGGCAACGAGGACGUCAAACUCCGCAAUCCCGAGCAACGCUACGAACAAGACAAAUCUUUACCGAACGUUUUGAACAAAAGGCUCAGUCGCUUCAGGCAGCUGUUUCAAAAGGAAUUGGAGAAACGUAAAAUCCUCACGGACGAGGGCCACCGCCACGCCGAAACUUCACGCCAACCCCAAAGUCACGCCAAGGCCAACGGGCAAAUCGGUAAUAAAACCGAGCACACCGAAUCCUCGGAUUUCCCCCUCGGAGCGGACCAAAGUAGCGGACGCUGCUGCGAAUUUUUCAACGAGUCCCUCACCGAGACUGAACGAAGUCUGAACAAUAGUACAAAUCGAGGACCGACCUCGUCGACCUCCAAACAACUCGGGCUCAACCGAAUACACGACGAUCACCACGAAGAUCCGCUCACGUUCAAUCAAACAUUCGCCAAAAGUAACGCGACCCCCAUCAACGGCUGCCUCAACACCCGCUUCCGGAAAAACGAGCCCGCCGAUCUCUACGAGGACGAAAAGGGCGUUCCUUCCGCCAGCGAGCAAGAACAGUUUCGACGCUCCUUCGAGAACGCCGCCUCCAUGGUCUUUCACAGUCGCACCGGCUUACCGCUCACUUCCAGUCCUGCCCCGCUGCGACGCGGGCACUGCUGUUUCGACUACGACAGCACACUCAAUUCCGUCUCUUCAAAAAGAAGCGCCCUCUUCGAGCUGAACACGCCGCCGAGCCCCGGCGCCGUUUCCUUGGAAGAGACCGAUCGGGAGAUAGAAACACCAGGGGACGGUGACGAGGCGCCGAAGCGAGGAUCGCAGACCCGGGUGAGACCGCAGAGCCACGCGCUCCUGGGGAGCUUCGAAGAGUCGGCGUUGAACGGUCGCCUCGAGCCGGUUUCUACCGUUCACGGUUUCACCGCCGAACUCGGCGCCAGCGGCUCCUUCUGCCCGAAACACCGCAAGCUUCCGGUCACCGUGUUCUUCUAUACGCUCGGGGACAACGACAAGGUCUCCACACCGUACCUUGCUCACAUUAACUUAGGCAAAAAGGGCUACCAAGUUCCGAGGAGCGGAACCAUUCAAGUUACUCUUCUAAAUCCACUCGGCACCGUCGUCAAAAUGUUCGUCGUUUUGUACGAUCUUUCCGACAUGCCGCCCCGAUCUCAUACUUUUUUACGCCAACGAACCUUGCGAGACAAAACGCUACGCUACCUCGUUCAUCUCAGAUUCAUGUCCGGAAAAUCAGGACGAAUAUAUUUACACACGGACAUAAGAAUGAUAAUAUGCCGGAAGUCGGACGUCGACACAGCCUCGGAUUUUGGCUCGGAACCACCCAAGGAGUUGCGAAGUUACAUACACGGUCCUACGAACCCAAAAUUUUCACCGAGGUGCUGAGCCACGUGGUUCUUACCGUGGAGUUGUUGCUGUCAAUCUCUCCGUCUAACUAGUCCCAUUCGAGUCCAAGUUUGACGCAACAAAACAUGAAAAAAAUCAGAUAAAAGAUACGCAGAAUUUACACGAAAAUGUGUGAAAUGUUAAAAAAGAAAUGUGAGUGAAAAAUCACGUUGUUCUCACAUUGAGAAAGAAAGAAAAAUACGAUCGACGAGUUGAGAGAGUGGAUCGAGAAAUUUCGUGACCUUUUUAUCGUUAUUUUUUAUUUAUUGUUUCCGGUUUUUUUUUUUUUUUUUUUUUUAUUAUCGGCAGAAAAAACGUUGCAGCUCGAAAUCUGUCGGUGAAGAGGAAUUUUUUUCCCCCGUUUUUUCACAUUCUUGUUGUUGAAUUUUUAUUUAUUUUUAAUUUCGGCCUUUAUUUUUACUUUGUUGUUUUCAUGAAUUUCUCGGUCUCGACGUCGCGAAUUGUAAAUAGGGAAGAAAAACGUAGAGUACGGCGUGUGUAAAGAGCCACGUAAGAAUUAUAUUUCGAGUGGGAUGAUACUGCCAUGGGUAGCCAACCUGCGUUAAAAUUAUUAGAUUAUAUAUAAGUUACGAGAAUGAAAAAAUGAGAGGAGAUAAAUGAAGCAAAACAUCGUAAAUAAUUGAUUAAUUCGUCGAUUAAUUACUAACGAUUUAAUUAGCUCUUAAGGGGAAUCGAAGGGGAGAGGAGUGUGAACAAUUUGAAGUGAUAAAAAAGCGGUGAUAAGGCGAAGCGCGCGUCGAGCAAAAACGCGUCACUCUGUUCGAAUUUGCGUGAUAAUAUUGAAAAAAAAUCGAAUCUUUCGACUGAUCAACGAACAAAAAAUCAUCAAAGAUCACUGAGUCAUCAGUUUCUUUGGUAAAAUCAAAGCCUUCGCUACUUUGUUAGACGACCUUAAAUCAUUAUAUUUUCUUAUCACGUACAGAAUCUAAUUAUUUUUCAAAUUGCUCACAAUUUUGUUGAGUAAAAAAGGAAAAAAACCUUUUUUUUCAAACGUCAGUCGAUUUUUCGAGCUCUCAACGAGUGACGCGUUAAACUGCGAUUUUUUGGUCAAAGAAAAUUAUUAUUUACACGGGGAGGGAAGAAAGGAGGAAAAUAAAUGCAGAGAAAAAAAAAUAAAACAGAACACGAUUUUUGUGUCCGUAGCACUGUGAUGAAUAUAUAUAUAUAUAUAUAAAUUAUAUAUAUAUUAUAUAUUAUAAAUUUAAAACAAAAAAAUGAAUAAUGAAUUGAUAGAUUACGAGAAAAAAAUAAUUUAAUGAGUUCAAGAAAAGAAAGGGAAAAAACGAGACAAAGAAAAAUGAAAAAAACCUAUUUACGUAGGAGAAAUAUCGUAGGCUGUAAUUCACACUAUUCUCAUAAUGGUCGAUACAACAAAACGUUCGAAAAAACAAUGCAUCAAGUUGAAAUAUUAUUUUUUAAAAAUAAAUGAGCUACGAAGAAAGAAGGAGAAGAAGAAUAAAAGUAUGCUCACUGAAGUGCUCCACGAAAAUUGCCCGUGGAUAAAAAAAAAACUUGUACAAAUAAACGAUGAAAAAUUAUCUUUUUCCUUAAAAACGUUGGUUUUUUCGAAUUAUUUUUUUCUAUUAUUCUGUGAUUUUUUUUUCUAUCGUUAUUGAAAUUUGAAGAAAAACGUAGAGCGUGUAAUCACUGCCAUGCUGUACACAAUACUUGAUUUUUAUAGCAAAAGUGAAAGAAAACGUUGAAGGAUUUUUAUUUGCUAAAUAAAUGUACGUGAUAAACGCAAAUUUUAUUAUUUUUCGUUCGUUAAGAGAUGUGUGAUGAGCUCGCUCGAUUAAUGAUAAACAGCUGAUUCGUCUAAUUUUCUGGGCUAAAUUCAUUAUUUUAAGUUUUAAAAGCAACCUGUGUAUUUUUCGUCGUGAUUGAAAAAUGUUGGAACUCUGUUUUACGAUCGUCCCGUUCGAAUUGCUGGUGAAAAUCUAAAUCUCAGGAAUUUUCGAAAUUGUGCGCUUUUCGUCACUCAUUUCCCUCGCGAUUCAACGAAACGAAUAUUUUCGAAACUUUUUAAUUGAAUCCUCACGAAUUUCGACUUUACGCGACCAUCUUUUUGUACGAGAGUAUUCGAUGGUCUUUGAAUAAAUCAAUAUUUUUGAAUCUUCAACAAAGCAUCUGGAAAGUGAGUCAGGAAAAUUGAAUUUUUUCGAAAAACUUCCAAUCAAAGCCACAAUUCUGAUUUCUUCUUUCCAAAAUUUCGCGAAAAAAAGAAGUUUUACUGCUUUUAUUAUUACGCUCAUUUGCUCCCGAGCACAUUCAAAUCGUAGCUCAUUCCCGUUCGUUAAGUUGCCCAAAAGGGGGAGAAUUUUUUAAAAAUUACUUUCGUUUUAAGCACAGAAGCAAAAUCGAAUUUUACCAUCGCCUUUUGUAAUUCUGUGAAUUUUAAUACUUCAUUGAUCCGUUCAACAGAAAUAUACGACAAAACUCUAUUUAAAUUAAGCGGAUUAAAGAGUUGAAUUAUUUUUCGAUAACUUUCGCAUGUUGAUUUGUGAUUUUGGGAGGAGCGCCGGGGGGGGGGGGGGGUGGAAAUACGAUGAUAAACUUGUCAAAAUAAUUAGUGCGUUCGAAGGAAUAUUAAGGGUAAGAGAGAAAGAAGAAAAAUCGAUGAAUAUUUUGUCUUAGGAAACAAAUAAAUUUGCGCUUCUUACUGUGAGCUUGUAAAAAAAAAUAUAUAUAUAUUUUUUUUUUUCAUUUUUUUUCGUUGCCGAGUCGCGGUAGAUUGGUGCCAGGCGUGUAAAUAGUGUAGCGUUAUUUUAUUAAUGAAAUGAGAGAGGAUCGAAAAGAUGUGUACACGAAAAAAGGAGAAAAACAAUGAUAAAAAAAAAACUAAAAAAAAAACCACUCACGAAAUAUUGUUAUUGCUAUACGGUACUUUUUAUUAUAAUUAAUUCUACCGACGGUGUCUCUGUAUAUGCGUGUGGCAGAAGAAAAAAAAAAUUCCUGCGACUAAACGUCAAAUAUGUCGAUUGGCAGAUGCGAUAUACCGAGAUGGAGAAAAAUGUUGUUCGAAAAUACAAAGCGAUCGCGAAUUGGGUGUGUGGGAUAGGCCAAAACAUAAUAAAAGUACUUUAAGGCAUUAAAAUUUAA